GGUCGUCCUUUUCGAAGAAAGAUAAGAGAAAAGAAAUUUUCUUUCGUGAGGUUCCGCGUUUCCUCACUCAGGGUUCCGAAGCCAUUUAAGAGCAAUUCGAAGAAGUUUUUACGCCGAUUCGUAACCUACUAUGAAACAUAAAUUCUCUGGUACAAAGCAAAGACCAAGGAACGUACGUAACAGUACACUUCGCAGGCGAACCAGCUCAGUAGAAGGCAAAGACGGUCCCAUCGACCAGAGAAGUUAAUAGCCGUCGUCUUUUUGGGAUUAACACUGGUCAUACACAUGGACUAGCUGGAUAAGGGCAAAAUACAGGGCUCCAUUCUGCAAAAUCGAACGGUAUUAAGGAAAUACAAAACGUAUACAAAUAUGUAUGUAAAGAUCGAGAGAGUGAAAGCGUUUUCCUAAAAUUAAUUGCUGAAAAACCGCCCACGUGUUAAAAAGGCCUUAUCAAUCUGGGCUAAUCAGUCAAUAUUGACGUCAAUAAAACGCUCCAUAUAGAAGAGAUUUCCAACACUUUGGGCUCCAGCUAAAGUGUGGGUUUGUUUUUACUGCUAUUUGCGUAGGACUACCCACCGACUCUCCUCUAUAUAUAUGUAUUUGAAAGCUGGUUAGGUGUGAGCUCUGUGCUUAAUGGCCAACCUGUUGGCUAUUUUGACAGUUCCAGGGGACACAAGUCAACACUUGCAAGAACGCUUGCUUUUACUGUUAGAUUUCUUUGCAUACAUGUUCAACAUAAUGAAUGAAAGCUUAACACUAAAUUAUUAUAUUUUUGAACAAUGUUAAUUGUUAAACCACUAAUUUAUCAGUCGAAACUGUUAUCAAAACAAAGUGACAGCCAGUUAACCCUUUCCUUGCUGCCUGUUUGGCUUUUCUAGCGGCGAACUGCGCAUACGCGGAAAUGCUAGUAGAGCUCUUUUCUGACAGGGGGUGGGUUUUUCCCAUGGCUAAAACUGCAGCUUUUUGGACACGUUAUUUUGACAUUAGUGCAUUUGCGACAGCAGCAGUUGGAGGUGGCGGCCAGCUGUCAGCAGGAAGGCAGUAGGCCGGAAAUCAACAUUGGUCGCAUAUUAACUGCAUUGAGUGUAAAGUGCAUUAAUGAAACAACAAUAACAACAGUGAUAGAAAGAACAACAACACGGAAGUGUAUAACAAUUAUUCUCAGUGUAGAUUUACAGGAGUUGAGUUGAGUUGAGUGCUGAAAAAAAGGGCAAAUCAAUCGAAGAAUUUCACUGUGCAGCGUUUUUCAAGUGGUUUGAGAAGUGAAAUUGCAACGAAGCAAAAUAAAAAGAAAUAAUAAUUGUACAAAAGAAAAAAACAAAUUCAAGAAAAGGCGAGUGUGAAUGUAGUGAAAAGAAAAGAAUACAGAAGUUGUGAUUUGAUUAUGAUUGCAAGAGAAUGUGAUAAUGGCCAUCUCAUUAGUAUAUCUUAGUGUCACACCAUUGCGGCCGCAGCAGCAGCAGCAGCGACAGCGACUGCAGUAAUGCGUUCAUCAAACGAUAAAUUCCUAUGCAGUUUAUGGCAUCCACAUAAGUAAACAAACACUUAAGGAAAAAGCUAUGAUAGUAAUGUCCGAGGCACUUGAGUGCCUAUAGUGUGAUAGUAAAAUAGAAAGCAAACAACAAGAAUAGCAAAAAAGAAUUAGUUAUGUUGAGCGGCAAUAAUACACAACAAUCGCAACAACAACAACAAUCACAGACAACACAACAACAACACCACGCGCAGCACCAACAGCAGCACCAGCAUCAGCAACACAAUACACAACAACAGCAGCAACAACAACAACAGCACCAGCAUCAUCAGCAACAACAACAGCAGCAGCAGCAACAGCAACAGCAACAAGUCUACAACGGUGACUUGAACUUCACCACAUUCGCUGAACUUUGCCGCUUCUGUUCGAUACGAAAUGGUCCCGCCAAAAUUCAUCUCUUCGAAAAGGAGGCGGAGCAGAGGAAUUUGGUCUACAAACUGCGCACGCUAAUGUCAACAAAUAUAUCCAAGGACGACUACCUUCCAAAGAAUAUCUGCGAGCAGUGCGUACACAAAGUGGAACAGCUAUUCGACUGGCGACAAUCGACAUUGCAGAUUGAGAAUAUUCUGCAGAAUUAUGCGGACUCAAUGAGAGCGGUGACGGCUACAAUUAAUUUUCAGGACGGUACCGUUAAUAUGGAUAAAAUGACGGUAGCGCAAAAGAAUGCAUACUUGGAGGCGCAUAUGGCGGUGCAACAACAAAUGGCGCAAGCGGCAAUACAAUUUAAGCAACAACAGCAACAACAACAAACGUCCACGAAUUCCGCACAACAACAACAGCAACAACAGAAUUCGCCCACCACCAAUAACAAUAAUAACAAUAACAACAAUACGUCACAACAGCAAUUGCAACAGCAGCAACAGCAACAGCAACAACAGCAGCAGCAACAACAACAACAGCAAGCACAUUACGCCAGCACGAUUAAGGUACCACAAAUAAGUUCCUCCAGUUCGGGUGGCGCUGAGAGCACUUUCACCGUACCCGACGAUGUCGGCAUGGGUUUCGAGGGUGGCGUACGCGUGCUACAAAGUUUAGGCAGUUGGUCACCGGACAAUGUUACCUACAAUAUACCCAAACCAAAUCUAAUACCAUUCACCGAGCCAUAUGUCGAGGGUGGUUCCAUGCAUCCGGCCAGUCGACUGAAGGCACUGCAACAAGUGCAACAAGCCUCGUCGGGUGUACGCAAAACGAAUCCAUCUAAAAAUCCCAAUAACAAGGCAUUCGAAUGCACGGUGUGCGGCAAAGGACUCGCCAGAAAGGACAAACUCACAAUACAUAUGCGCAUACAUACGGGCGAGAAACCCUAUAUUUGUGAAGUGUGCAAUAAAGCAUUCGCUCGACGCGAUAAACUUGUGAUUCAUAUGAAUAAAUUCAAGCAUGUGACGCCAACGAAUAUAGCGCCAUUGGGCAAGCGACUCAACAAUAUGGUGAAGAAGAAAGAGCCCGAACCGGAGGACAAUAAACAGAAUUUGGAAUUGCAAUUGCAACAACAGGCCGUACAAGUGGCCACACAGAAUAUUAUAGUGCAAACCACAGGUGGCCAGCAUAGUGCACAAACUACCGCCAUACCGGGCAUCAUAAUACCGCAUCAUCAUCAGCAACAGUUGUCGUGGACUUGUGAGCUAUGCGGACGUAUGUUCUCGAGUCGGGACGAAUGGACAUUGCAUGCAAAGAGUCAUCUAGAGUAUUGACAACAGGAACAGGAAAUUAUAGAGGAAACUAAACCAAUAACAGCAACAGCAACAACAACAGCCAACGCGGGAAAGCAGAGCAGCUUUCCAACUGAGUCCAAUCAAAAUACGAAUACAAUGCAAGUCGAGAUGAAUGCACGUCGAGAGAAAAUAAUCAUACAAAAUCAGAUGAUUAUAAACGCGCAACAGCAACAGCAGCAACAACAACAGCAGCA